CCAAGAGUUCGGUGCAAGUCAUUGGCUGCAUAAUUGUGGGAGAUUUCAAAAACGGAAACCAUGUUCCAAGAAGAUGCUGUGUUUAUUUUCAGAUUGAUUUGACAGUCAUUACCUAUUAUGGAUCUGGGCUUGUUGGAAACACCAGGGACCAAACAGGUCACCAAGUCAAAGAAACGACGAUCUGUGCGCAUCCGCAGAAAGUCACAUAUACAUGGUUUAGGGCCAGUCAGUGAUGAAGACAAGGCAGAUGGCAUAUGUUUGGUAGAUAAUGACAUUCAAGAUGUGGAUAUUGCUUCAAUGACUAGUGAUGUGGGAAAACCUUCUGAAGCAAAGAACUUGCAGGUCUCUCAAAACCAAUAUGGCAGUGUCUGGAUGAACACUGACUCACCAGAAAUGGCAGAAUUGGUGAUGCGAAGAAACCGACGUAAAUCCAAUGUCCAUUUCCCAAUAAUGUCUGUCAUUGAUGGAUUGGAAUCUCCUGGUGUGCUCAAUGAACUUGAGCCUGAGCUGAGUGAACAACACUUGAGUAUGGAACUGUCCAGGACUGGGGAUAUGAAUAACAGUCCCGAGACCAACGGUACUCGCCUUUCAGGUAGUUAUAUAGUACCCCAAAGACAGAGUCCACUUCCAUGGCAGGAAAAUGAUUGUAGUUCAGCUCACAAUUCUGAAUAUUUACCAAGUGACAAUAGCACUGCUAGCUUAUCACCAUGUUUCGAGGCCAGUGAUUACAAUAUCGGCAGAGCAUUUAAACAUCUCAACUCAACACCACAACAUGAUCACAAUUCAUUUGGAGCCAGGAAAAUAGACAGUGCUAACGUUGCCCAGGAAAGUAAGAUUAUGUUGUCUCCAGUAGAUAGAGCUUUACCAGGGUCUACACAACACUUUACCUCUAGCUGUAUGACACCAGUUGAUAAACGAAGACAACUAUUAUCAGAUUCUACCUCAAAUUCAACCCCAUACUCUCCAUCUCAACCCAUUUUCAAGAACAUUUCUCCACCAGACUGUGAAAGUCCAAAUUCUACUUUUUCCCCAAUUUAUCUGACACCAGCAGACAAGAUCACAAGGUCAAACGUGGGAGUUGAUGCAGAUGAUGAUGAUGAAGAUAUUUGGAAAACCUGUAAGAAAACCAUAGUAUCUGAUAUUGAUGGAAAUGUUGAUAAAACACCGGGUGCUGGUAGGAAGUUAAAGACUCUGGUAUCAACACAGAAAAAGUUGUCAAAGUCAAAAUCUAACUCAAGUACUAAAGUUCUUUCUAAAGAACAGACAUCAGGAUUUCUGUCCAUAUGUAGGUCGUUGGCAGGGAAGCUAGCACAUGCUGUUAGAAAUAGUCCAGAUAGUGAUCGGAGCAAUCAAAUGUCCUCUUCAGACAAUUCUUUCACCUCUAUAAAACCUGGAAGUGCUUUAACUAAUUCAAGUGAAACUGCAGCAGCGAUUGUGAAAUCUACAGAAAAAAACUUGGGUGCAGUUGUCUCCUCUAGAUCUGGACAUAGCUCCGAUACAUGUACAGGAGUUGUCACAACUGGCAACUCCAAUAUAGUCAGUUUUGGAGAGGCAGAAAAUGUAUCUAGUAACAUUUUGUCAGAAAAGAAAUCGUGUCAGAAUUUAGAUAGGCCUGAUUCAAUAAAAAAUGCAUCUUCUUUGUCUGUGAUAACGCUGAACAAAGAAGAUGGAGUAAACAGUUUUAUGUGUGAAAACGUUGAACUCGAAAGGCCAGCACAUGUACAUAAUAGUGAACAUUCUCCAGUACAAAAUAUAGACUGUGAAAAACUGGCGAAAACGUCUGAUGCCUACGCGAAUCAGAAGUUUUGUUCAUCAACAGACACAACUGACGAAACUGUAAAAAGUAAGAGUUAUUCUAAAUCGGAAAUUGUUGGAGUUGCUGAGGUUUCAAAUAGACAGACAAUGAUUACUAGUUUACAGAGUGAUACCCCAGGAUGUUCAGGGGAAGUCAUCACACAACAUUUGGAGGUUUGCUUUGAUUACAUUGAUCCUAAACCUGUACAAGUGGCCAACAUCACAGACUUGGCCUCACAACCUGGAAAACAACAAGAGGUUAACAGUAUCUCGUUAGGAUCUAGUUCACCUCAAAUCGGCACUGACCCCAUAGAUACCUCCAUCACACCAAAACAAGAACCUGAUUCAGUGAGAAUGGUUAAAACAAAACAUACAAGGACUGGGAGAAAGUCUACAGGGCUUGUCAGUCAUGAGUCGGCAAGAUGUGAAUUAUCAGAAAGUGUCAAUAAGCUCAGUUUGAAUACAGUUUCUGACAUUGAUACUUGUUCUACAGACGAUUGUGUUGAGAGUGGCAGUAAACCGAAAAAAUCGAAGUCAUCAGACAAUGAUGCAUUACGAAAGGCUGUAUUUACAUCAUCUGGAACUGAAGUGAAAAAACGACAUCCCAGAAAGUCUUUGGGUAACUCAUUAGCUCAGCAGAGUUUAGUAUCAAUGAAUGUUGGAAUAACAGAUGCAUCAACAUCUGGAGAAGCAAAUGCUUGUCCUCUAAAAAUUGUAACUGUAGUGGCCAGUUCCCUUGAAAAUGUGUCAAAUGAGGUAAUGUCUACUGUGAGUGUUGAACCUUUUCCAGCAUGUGUGGAAAAUAAACAUGUGUCUACUUUACCAUCAGUAAGAAAAGUUAAAAAUAAAGGUUCCUCCCAGAAAACUGUGUCCAGCAAGAUCACAUCUGGAAUGUGUAGCGCGUCUGUUUCAACACGUGUAUCAAAUGAAUCUGACUUACCAUCAGUAAAUGUAGCUAGGAAAAGAGGUCGCCCACGGAAAUCAACAAACUUUAUUCCUCCAGUUGUGGUUGAAGAGAUGUCUGAUAUAAAUCUUUCUGCACAGAGUGGUGAUGAGGUUCAGAAGUCCUCCACACUACACCAAUUCAACAACAAAUCUGUGAAUUCGAAGGACUCCACAGACAUGCAAAACAACAUUUCGGAAAGUAAACAGAAAAGUGCUGACAGCAUUAAAGUGCUAACUGCUGAAGAUCUGAAAUCAUUAGAUGAAUAUUUGGGAAUAGAAGAACCAGAGCCAGUGGUUAAUCCACCUCCAAAGAAACGAGGUAGACCAAGAAAAUCUGUGGAUGGACAGAAACUGACAAAGCAAACAAAAGUAUAUGUUGAUUCAAUUACCACGUCAGCAGAUGAAAUCUCUGGGAAAACAGAAAACACUCUUGCCUUCACCAUGGAAAAUGAACCGGAGAAAGAUAUUGGUAAGAAAGAAGAUUCUAGGAAGAUGGAUGUUCAGACAAUUGUCAAAGAUACAUUGGUGGCAGAAUUAGAGGAUCUGGAACUGCUGGAGAGACCAAAAAGAAAGAGCUCACGUAUCCAGAGGCGAUCUAUAGAAAUCUACAGACAAAUUCAAAAUGACAACGCGACAGAAGAUGUUCCGAUGUCACCCUUAGAAAUGGAGGAGUCCAAAUCCACGACAGCUGUGUUACAAGAUGUCAGUGAUAAUCACGGAAAUACUCAAAAUAACCAAGAUUCUAAAACAAAAAUAGCACGUAAAAGGAAACUCAUUAAAAAUGAACCUACAGUUGAGGAAAUUUACAAAAACAAGAACUUUAAGAGACCUGCUCCAAAAAUCUGGGAAACAAUAUAUGAGGCUCCCUCAGAUGAGCAGGUUUAUAGCAAGAAAAGAUAUCGUCGUUCGAUCAUGUUUGAUGAAAGUCUACUUGUACCUCCUGCUAAAACCAAAAUGAGGCUCAGGAGAGCUAUCAGAAAUGGAUUGGACCCACGGCAACGCAGAAAGAAAAUGUUACCAGAUGUUGCUGUUAAGAAAAAAUUAGCAACAAUUGAAGCUAUUUUAGAAGAUAAUAAUUAGGAAUGUAACUGUUUAUCAUCCAGCAUGCAUGGUGUAUGACAAAGAAUGUCCGGUACCUUUUAGUCAAGUACCUAUGCCUUAUUAUACCUUGUACAUUUGUUGUGCUCCAGCUGCUCUCUGAUGUACAUGUAGAACACAAGUUUUUCUUCAAGCAAGUGUACGUAUUUAUAGAAUGAUAUUUUUAUUUUACUGGGUGUUAUAUUUGAGCUUGUGUGUCCAAAAGGGCCAAGUGAGUAUAUGCCAUGAUGUGGUAUCUGUCUGUCCAGUGUUUGUCUUAAUUUGGCAUCAAUUUUUUGCUUUAAAUGACUUCUUCUCAAAACCAAAAAGGCCUGGAAUCAUGAUAUUUGGCUCAGAUUUCUAAGAUGAAACCCAAUAAAGUUUACAAAACGAAAUUACCUUGAUAAUAAACAUGUACUUGGCUGGAAGGUUCCCGAGAUGAUGCCCGGCAGAUUUUCUGAAAAGAAAUAAUCUUGACGCAUAUCAAAGGUCACAGGCCUAGGGCUCAAAUUUGUUAAAAAAUUCAAAUGACAUCUUCUGAUCAACUGAAAAUCAUAUAUAGAAUAAAGAGAUGCCCAGUAAUUAUUCAAAAGAUACUACCUUGACCCAUUCAAGAUCAAUGGGUGAAAUUUGUAAAAGUAUACAAACUGGUUCUUUUGAUUAUUGAAAGCCAGGAUUGAUUGAAAUCAUCAAAGAUGUGAAUAUCAGCUGAGUGAUGCAUGCCCAUUGGACGUUUUUUGUAAUCUCAGCAUACAGAUUUGUUUUGUAUAGAUAUAUAUAUAUAUAUGUACAUGUAAAUGUAUAUAAUGUUGACCUAUAUGAUCUAUAAGCUAAACCAGAAAAAGAAGAUUUCUGUUAGAAAGGUACAGGACAGUGUUACAGAAAUUAGAAGCCAAGCUCCAACCCCAUAGUGAUAUUUUUCCACUUUUAAUCAAAAUUGUACAUCAUGUUAUCAGUGUUGGAUUUCGCUUCAUAAAUACCGGUGUGUAUUAGUCAUGUAUGCAUGCAUAUGUUUGCUAAGAAAAAGGUUGGUUAUUUCACUUUGAUGGGAUAUACAGCCAUAUCCCUAUGAAAAUGUAUACAUGCACACAUUUUUGCUAAUUCAUUUUCAUAUGAUUCCUAUGUGUUUUAAUUCGUGGUGGGAAUUUUAUACAGCAGUUCAAUUUCCUGGUUUUAAUUUUGAUUUGAUAUGUAUAAUCUAUUGUUUUACUCUAUAUUCCAAUGCAAGCAUUUAAUCCCCUUAUUUCAAGGUGAUGGAAUAAAAGUAUGAAAGGAAUGAAGGUAAAGUUUUCACGAGGUUUAUGAUAUUGAGUCAUUGCAUACAGAAGAGCCAUCAAAUUUAUUUAAAUGAAUACCUUGGCUGACUUUCAAGGUCACAGGGGUCAAAUGUAAUAAAGGUUUUUAAAUGACUUAUUCUUGACAACAAAGAGGCCCUAUAUAUAUAGCUACUCAGUGAGUCUGGAUAAUAUGUUAUAUUGGGCCAUUAAUUAACAUGUGGGGAUGAAGGGUUACCAAGUUGUCGAAUGACCUUGACCUUUGAUAAUCAAAGUGGUAUAUAUUUUGGGGUAUACAUGACAGUGUGAUACUUAUUGAGCUGAUAAUAGUUUGAUAUUACUUCAAUAAUACAGUACAGUGUGCAAUUGUUGCAGUAUCGUUUCAGUCAAGUUUGUAAUGUUACUUUAAUUUCUGAUCAGUGCAUGAUCUAGCAAUGACUGUAUUAUAUUUUUGGUACACAUGUACACUAAUGCUUAUUUGUGUAGUUAUGGAACACACAGUUACACUAAUUUGUGUAAUCGAGGACACGUUCGAUAGCGUCAACUUGUGUAAGGGAACACAGUUACACUAAUUCGUGUAAUCGAGGACACGUUUGAUAAUGUCAACUUGUGUAAGGGAAUGCAUGGUUACAUUAUUUAGACGCAGGGUGCAUAUAUAUUCAUACUUUUAUAUUAGAAUGGCCGGUUGUUUUAGUCAUAUUCUUUUAGCUAUUGAAGGAAACUAUAACAAGUUUUUAUGUUAUUCAUAUGUUGUAAAUAUAAUGAUACCCCUGUAUACUGUAGAUUAUGUAUUCACAGUAAAAUUUAAUCUGAAUCUAA